AUGGAGAAUGUCGACAAGGCCGGCGAAAUACAUUCUACUCCCCCCAGGGAACGAGCCGAUGGGUUCCAAGCAAAUACUGAAGCCGCGCUGCAAACACUGAAGUAUCAUAAGAACUGGGACCCAAACCUUCCAGACAGUGUUUAUGCAAAAGUGGAAGAGGCGCUUCACGUUCCAGAUGCCAUCGUUCGCGACGAAGUGAUCCACGACUUACUUGAUAACUCCCCAUAUCCUGAGGUGCGCGCUGCCGUCUCCAACGUCGACGAAGGCGGGCAUUCGAACACUUUGAGGGCCUGGCUCAUUGGUCUCCUUUUCGCUACGGUUGGCUCCGCUCUGAACGCUUUGUUCAACCUCCGACAACCCUACAUUGUCAUUCCGCCUUACAUUGCUCAGGUUCUUGCUUAUCCAAUGGGCAAGGCAUGGGAGAGGUUUAUGCCUCGAAGGGUCCUCAAGAUCUUCCGGUAUGAGUUCGCUUUGAACCCUGGGCCGUUCUCCAAGAAGGAGCAUGCCAUAGCGAUCAUCAUGGCAAAUGCGACUUGGGGCGGGGGUGCUACCUACGGCACGGAUAUCAUAGUAGCGCUGCGCGGCUUCUACUAUCAUCGUUUCGGCUGGGCCUUCGAGAUCUUCAUGUCCAUGUCGGUUAUGAUGUCGGGCUUCGCUCUGGGUGGUGUUUUCCACUCGCUCUUGGUCACCCCCGCUGCCAUGAUAUGGCCAUCUAAUCUCAUCAGUACAUCUCUCUUUACUGCGUUGCACGACCAUUCUCACCCAAAUCCAACUUUGACUUCUGGCUGGACAAUCGGCCGAUACCGCUUCUUCCUUUACAUCGCCGUCGGAUGCUUCUGCUGGCAGUGGCUCCCAGGAUACAUUGCACCUUUCCUGAGCACGUUCGCAUGGGUGACGUGGAUCAAGCCCCAGAAUGUUAUCGUCAACCAGUUGUUCGGUAGCAUAGCGGGGCUGUCCUUGAUUCCGAUAACAUUUGACUGGAGUCAGAUCGCCGGUUUUAAUUUCAGCCCUCUGAUUGCCCCAUGGCAUGCCAUUGCGAAUACAUUGAUCAGCAUGGUGUUUUGGUAUUGGAUAAUUGUUCCAGCCAUUCACUACUACGGUCUCUUCUAUUCCGAUCAUUUGCCAAUAAGUGGCUCGGCGAGCUAUGACAAUAUGGGUGCAUCUUACAACGUCUCCCGUAUAUUGACACCAAGUAUGACGCUGGACGAGAAGAAGUAUCAACAAUACUCCCCGAUCUUCUUGUCAACCAGCUUCAUGCUUUCCUACGGGUUGAGCUUUGCCGGAAUUGUGUCAGUGGUCGUCUAUACUGGCUUGUUCCACGGAAGAGAGGUCUGGAGUCAGAUUCGCCACAUAGGCAAUGAGCCUCCCGAUAUCCAUACCCGUCUGAUGAUCCGGUAUAAGUCCGUGCCACAGUGGUGGUAUGGUGGCGUUGCAUUAAUCAUGGUCCCAAUGUCAUUUGGAGUGAUUCUGGGCUAUCCCACGCACUUGACUUGGUGGGCGUAUCUCGUUUCGAUCCUUCUAGCCGUCUUGUUUGUCCUGCCCAUUGGCAUAAUCAAUGCAACAACAAACAUUAGCAUUGGCUUGAAUGUGAUCUCCGAGUUCAUUAUCGGGUAUAUGCAACCAGGAAGGCCGACGGCCAUGAUGCUUUUCAAGUCAUACGCGUACAUCUCGAUGAACCAGGCGCUCACCUUUCUAUCUGACAUGAAGCUUGGUCAUUACAUGAAAAUCCCACCUCGGGUACUGUUUUCGGCACAGAUAGUAGCAGGCAUAUGGUCCACCCUUGUUCAAGUGGGAGUUACAAACUGGGCACUUUCGACAAUCCCUGACAUAUGUAAGCCCUAUCAAAAAGACCACUAUAUCUGCCCCGGUGGUCGCGUCUUCUUCACAGCAUCAGUCAUUUGGGGAUUGAUUGGCCCUGCACGAAUAUUUUCCAUUGGGCAGCUCUAUUCUCCUUUGAUGGCCUUCUGGAUCCCGGGCCUGCUUCUGCCUAUUGCCGUCUACCUAGGGGCCAGAUGGUUUCCCAAGAGCCCGAUCCGUCUCUUCUCCCCGCCAAUCUUUUUCAGUGGGACCGGGCUAAUCCCACCGGCAACGCCUUUGAACUAUUUGAGCUGGGGUAUAGUGGGAUACAUCUUCCAGAAGUUCCUGCGGGACACACGACCAGGCUGGUGGAGCUAUUACAAGAAUAUUGUCUCUGCCGGGCUGGAUGUUGGGCUGGCGGCCGCUACCAUCAUGAUCUUCUUGGCACUGCAGCUUCCAAAGGUUGAAAUGCCGGAAUGGUGGGGUGUUACAGCUCCUUCGAACACAUUGGAUGCAGCAAAUCAAGCCAUCCGUGUCAGAUUGCCGAAGGGGCAAAAGUUUGGGCCUGACAAAUGGUGA